CUUGCAAAAAGCCGAGAAAAUCAACAUUGCUAGUUGGCACUGAUUCAUUUAGCGGCCUGUACUGAAUUCGAUGAACGAUAUCAUAGGGAAUCAUUAUUAGGAUCAUCAAUCAAAAAGAGCGGAACAUUAAUCAUGGGCAAAGCCAAAGGACAGCGGACUAAGGGCAAUGCACGACCUUCAAACAGUAGCCGCAGUGCUGAACUGCUUGGGACGGCUGCCACGAAUUUCGUUGGCUUUGCAGCGGCCAAGGAUGGAGGAUUCACACCAAUUCUGCCUGGAUUAUCGAUUACACAGAAUACCGAAGUAAGCAGUCUGGAUCCUGCAUUUCAGCUAGUUCUUAAGAAAAUGAGCAAAAAAGAUUCUACAACCAAGUACAAGGCAUUACUGGAGUUUUCAGAACUUUGCAUAAACUUGGACUUGUCAGUCGUAGAGACCAUGUUGCCCUGUUGGCCACGUUACUAUUGCUCCCUCUCCAUUGACGUGGAUCACAGGGUGAGGGAAGCUGCACAAAUGGCUCAUGCAGCACUUGUCAAACGAGUUGGCAAGAUGAUAGCUACGAUCUUGAAACAAGUAGCUGGUCCUUGGUUUGUAUCUCAGUACGAUGUGUAUCCACCAGCUGCCUCAGCAGCUAGUAACUGUUUGAAUAAUACUUUUCCACCACAAAAGUAUGUUAGUGCAGUUGUUCAUUGCCAAGAUGAAAUUUUGAGCUACAUUUGUGAUAAUAUAACUGUUUUAACUCCACAAGGACUUUCUACUAAUAAAUCGAUACCUCCAGAAGAAAUGAAUUCCAAGUACCAAAAAAUACUAACUUCCAGCCUGCAAGCUUAUAAUUUUUACUUGAAAACCGUUACACCAGCUGAUAUUGAAAAAACUGCGGUGUAUCACAAAAAAAUCAUAAACAGUGGUAAAUUCUGGAAGCUUGUAAAGAAUGAAGAUAGUUCUACCAAAGCGGCAUUUUUCAAUGCACUUAGUGCACUUGUGUGUUGCAGCACGAUUAUUGCGUGUGAGGAAAAAAAGAAAGUAUUGACUUCUAUAAUGAACAGUUUGGAUGAAAUUGAUCCAGCUCUUCUCACUGCAGUCUGGGAAUCUCUUUUAGUAGCAAUCAACAAAAUAGAGGACUGGUAUAAGAUUGUAAGCAUAGAUAAGUUGGUACUGCCUAAACUUUGGCGAGUAUUGAAAAAUGGUGGGCAGUACUGUGCGAGUGUUGUUUACCCAAAUUUACUACCAUUCCUCAGUCAAUUCCAAAAGUUUGAGGUCGAUGAAGCAAUGCUUUUCACAUCCUUUUUUGAAAAUAUGCGGCAAGGUUUUUCAGUAAAAAGUGUCAAGUUCAGUAGAUCUGAAGCAUUUGCAGUGGUAACUUCAUUUGUCGAAUGCCUCAAAUACGCCAUCCUUGUCAAUAACGACAACGAAGACAUCUGUAAAAGCUUGCUCAAAGAUCAGCUUAUGCCAGUGGUAGAGUCCUGCCUGAGCGAAAGUCAAACGAUAUGUCCGAUAUUUUUCUGCGAGUUGGCACACCUUUUGCGCUACUGGAGCAAAAACAGCGACAGCUCAGAUAACGCGGUCUACGGACGGAUGAUGGAAAUCUUCUGGCACGAUCUAGCCGCAACCUUUGAUCGAUUGAUCGACAAGGCGAGCGAAAGCUCAGCAACGAGUGCGAUCGUUUCAUCGAUGACCGACCUGUUGCAGUAUCUGAAGAUCGCGCCGGAACACAGUAGACGGAACAUGAAGGUCAAAUUUUCGGACUCAAAAGAAGCGAAAUCACCUCCCAAAGACCUGGCGUUGACACCGAUGUCAGUUGACAAGAGUAAUACGGAGGCUGUUGCUUUUCUCAAGGAACUCCAGCAGCUCAUUACUAGGCUUUGUGUCGGCUACUUCAGACGUAUCACUGAUCAACCGCUCAAGCACAAGGUUGCUGAUCUAGUGAGGCUAGUAGCAGGCCAUGAGAGCAAGGGUUUGUUCCAACAGUUAGCUAAGACGUAUGACGAGGAUGCCAGUCUGCUGCAAUUUUAUUACAAAAACUUGAAGAUAAUGCUGAACAGUGAAAACGGGGAGACCGAGGAUUUGAUCAAUUUGAUAUUUAGUAUCAUGUCGCACAUGUCGGAAGCUGAAAAGCAGGAAGUGUUGCAAUCGUUCCUAGAGAUUGACGACAUUAAGGUGCGCAAAAUUGCAGUGCAACGCGCGUUAAUGAAGAAAUACAGAGAAGACAGAAUUGUGCGUAAAUGGUGCAAACAAUCACUCAUUACCAGUACUCUGAUUACAACGGCUCAAGAUGUAAUGUCUUCUCUUGAGAUGACAGAGUUUGAUGAAAAUAUGUUUGUUCGAGCGUUUGAACCUACUGCAGGUGGAGACUUGGUAGUGAGCAGUGAAGCAAUUUGCGGGAUCUCGUCAACGCUGUGCCAAAUGGUCAACCAAAUGCCAUGGAAAAGCGAAAAACUCGUUAAAAAAACCGGUACUCUGCUCUCUCGUCUGCUUGCUAUGUCCUGUAGUCACAAAAAAAUCACAUCUGGAGCAGUUGAUCUGCUCAAAGCUGUGUUUAUUUUACACAUUCGCGACAGCAUGGAGCGAAUCGAUAAUGACAGUGAGUCUUCUAUGGUAGUCGCAACAGUACAAGAGGCGUGGACUUAUGGUCUGUGUGAGAUAAGUAAAAAGAUUUCGGAGGAUGACUUUGCCAAGUACGUCAAAUAUUUUGCGACGAUUGUGUGGGAGAAGAUUUUUUCAACGAGCGAUACCAAAGAUUCUUUGAUCAGUUUGUCCACCAGCUUGAUUGAUGCCGUUAUCAAGAGUAGCGAGCAUUACUCAAAGAAAUACGUUAUGAGUAUUUUGACAGAAUUGGACAUAAAAACGUGGAUGAUCGAAGCUUCCGGAACCGCGCUUUAUGGUGAAGUGAUUACUGGAAAUCUGUACGUUUCAGACCUAGUACAGAAAGGUCAAAUGUGCGGCGAAUCUUUCGAGAUUGACUUGCGCAAUGUUAACUUUGAAGAUAGCAUGCACAAAUGCUUGAAAUGGGCCGCAGCAAGUGCGAAAAUUCUGAAUCAAUUAUUACCAAAUACAGCAGAUGUCCCUGAAAUAGUAGAAAUUUUGAUAAAUCUCUCCUGUACUGCUGCCUUAGGAAAAAUUUACGUCAAGCAUUACAAUUCUACCAAACACUCGAUUGAUGUUAAUUCGCUAAGUAAAGUUCUUCACAGCGAGUUGAAUGGUUUGAAAACGUUUUUACCUGAAGACGUUCAUAAAAAGGUUUUAGCUAACUUAAAUAGAUUACUCUCGACAUCUGGUGCCAUUUAUGCGUAUGUUAUAAAGUUCUACCGUGACUUCUUUAUACCAGAAGAUACCUUGUCAGAGCUAUUUGAAAACUGUGACGUGGAUUCCAUCAAAGAAUCCAACAGUAUUGAAGUUUACUUGCAGUGCUUCCAGUUGUUGAAGAAUUGUGCUGGUUUGAAAAAAUUCGUGUCAUCUUUGGACGAUCAAAGUGACUUUUAUACGAUUUAUCUAGCAAGAAUUGAACUGAGUCAUAACGAUUUAUCACAUUUGACCGAUAUUUUUGACUUGAUAACUAAAAGACAACAAGAUGAGCCCUUAGCCUUAUUAUUAAACUGUGACAUACAUGACGUUGAUUGGAAAGAUUUUAUUCUGCCCUUAGAAGUUAUUUUAUUUUUGAUCGAGUGUGUCGUGAAAAUCCCCAAAAAGCUUACAAUCGCUCAAUGGGAUGUCAUAGAUUUAUGUUUAGCAUCUUGGCAACUUUCCUUUAGGAAAUCCAUUGCUUAUCAUACGGAUUUCAAGGUGAAAGCUUUGACAAUCAAUGUCAAUAAACUUUAUUGUAUUAUUCAAGAAAUUGUUAACGAUUAUGUUAAAAAUCCAAUUGAAGAAAUACCUUUUUCAUUCAUAGACGAAUGGAAAAAUGUCUUUUCUUCCCAUUUACAAAAAGAUUCUUUCGAAUCGUGGAUGAUGUUUGCUGAAUUAUAUAAUAACAAGGACACAUCCCUCACUUCGAUCAUACCACUCAACUAUUUGGGAAAAUCUUUGAAAGUUUAUACGAAUCCACUAAUCGACGUAGAUUCAUCCAUGAGCUUGUGCUUGAAAUCUGAAGAAGAAAUCAUUGAGCUUCUUUUAAAGCUGAUUCAUUCGCCAGUACUGAGUCUACAGUUGGGUGCAUACAUCGCUCUCAACAAUAUCGCUGAUGUACUCGUUCAACGCGACAAAGAAAUUAUUGGAGAUGAAAAACUGGAUGUGAAAACAUUUAAUAUGUGUAAAUUCGAGCAAAUCUUGAAAAUGUCACAAAAUAUUGUUAACACAAUCCUGAUGGACUUUAAACUGUGCGAUACUACUAGCUGUACGAUUCAACCCUACACUGAUUCAUAUACUUACACUAUUGGUUAUUUGCUUGCUUGGAGUGUUGUACUAAACAUGUGUGCCAAAGCCAACGGAGAUUUGCGUUAUCAUUAUGCCGAAAUAUUAAAAGAGGAUUUCUUCCCGUGUUUACUGAACAAUCUAUUCCGACUGAUGCCGGUAGAAGUAUUGCAAGACUCUAAAAAUAAAAGCAUAGAAUUAAUCAAUAUAUUCAGCUCUGUACCGUCCCUCGAUUUCAUGGCUGGCUGGACUGAAUGGAGACUCGACCACUUGGUAUGUUCGUUGUAUACGAAUUGUUUGCGUUACUUGCCUGUUCUAGUGAGGCAAUGGUGGAGCACAGCCGACAGUCGAGUGAGCACUGCUGUUGACAAAAUAACGACGCUUUACGUCAGUCCAUUCCUGUGCCACGAGGAACUUUAUGACAACAAACUGGCACAAGUUGAUAACAUGCAGGUGAAAGUUCAUCCAAUGAACCGCGAAGUCAUAGCGUUGUAUCAGAUGGACGACACAACGCUCGAACUAAAUAUUACCCUGCCACCGAAUCAUCCCCUUGGCACCGUCACUGUCGAGCCUGGUCAGCAUGUGGGUGGCACAGCAAACUGGAGGAACUGCCACAUGCAGCUUUCAAUUUUCCUAACGCAUCAGAACGGUUCGAUUUGGGAUGGUCUCAUGCUGUGGAAAACAAAUCUUGACAAACGAUAUGCCGGUGUGGAAGAGUGUUACAUCUGCUUUAGUAUAUUUCACCUCAGCACCUACCAAAUACCAAAACUCUCUUGUCACACUUGCCGUAAAAAGUUCCACACUCCUUGUCUGUACAAAUGGUUCAAUACGAGCCACAAGUCGGCUUGUCCUAUUUGUAGAAAUCCAUUUUAGAGAUGUCCAAGAGUACGUGUAGCGUAAAUUUAUCAAUUUUUUGCCAAAAAAUUUUGGUAAAAAAAAUAUUGACUCUGUACAAAAAAAGAAGACAAAUUGUAAUAAAAUAGUAUAUUUAUAAUUUCAUAAUAUCCAUGUAAAUUACCAGAGUACGUGCAAAAUAUGAUUACAGAUUGCUUAGUGAUA